AUGAAUAAGCCAGUGGGAGAGCGGCCCAGAGCACCAGGUCAUGUGUUCGCCUUGACGACCACCGAGGCAACCCAAUCAGGUAACCUAGUGCAUACUACUUGUUUUUUGUUUGAUCACGAGGUUGUUGUGUUGUAUGACUUAGGAGCUACCCAUUCAUUCGUAUCCAAUGAAUGUGUGAGUAGGUUCGAACUAGAGAUGUGCGAGCUGGGAUGCGAGUUAAUAGUUGCGACAUCAGCAUCUGGCGAGGUAUCCACCACUUUUGUUUGUGUGGGAUGCCCUAUGGAGGUGGCAGGUCGUAGGUUCAAGGUGAAUCUUAUAUGCUUGCCAAUGGAGGGUUUGGAUGUGAUUCUGAGUAUGGACUGGUUGGCCAAUAACCACGUCGUGAUUGAUUGCAGACAACGUAGAGUGGUAUUUCCAAAUACGAAGGGACUGGAAAUGAUGUCAUCUAACCAGACAGUGAAACAGAUUAAAGUUGGAGCUACUUACUUUAUGAUAGUGGCUUAG